UAAAACGAACCAUUUCCUUAACCCCUAAAUUUUUUUCUUAAAAAGAAAAAGAAAAAAUCGGAGUUUCCGUCUACUCUUGAAUCCGCCAACGUUUCUCUUGCAUUAUCUAUAAGCUUCCUCUCUCUAGAACUCAGAUUCUAGGGUUUGGCACUGGUUUUUUACACCCACAAAAAUUAUUGUCUCCAUUAGCGAGGCAAGUAGCCAAACAUGGCCGCUAAUCCCGCUAAUCUAUGGGUGUUACUGGGUCUCGGUAUUGCUGGAAUUUUGUUAAUGACGAGAAAGUUGAAGAAAACUAUUCGGGAGGAUUUUGGUGCUUUUGUGGAGAAGCUUCAGCUCCUUCCUCCGCCACAGCCCGCCCCUCCAAAAGCUCCUCAUCCCCUAACUGGCCUCACUUUCGCCGUCUCCGAUGUAUUUGAUAUUGAAGGAUAUGUGACUGGAUUUGGUCAUCCAGAUUGGGCAAGGACACAUGAGGUAGCUUCUAGGACAUCUUCUGUAGUUUCGGUACUUGUUGAAGGAGGUGCCACUUGCAUUGGGAAAACUGUCGUGGAUGAACUGGCGUAUAGUAUCAACGGAGAAAAUAAGCAUUAUGGUACACCCACCAAUCCUGCAGCACCAGCACGUGUACCUGGUGGUUCCUCAAGUGGAGCUGCUGUUGCUGUAGCUGCUAAUCUAGUUGACUUCUCUCUAGGCGUUGAUACUGUUGGUGGUGUGAGAAUACCUGCUGGAUUCUGUGGCAUUAUGGGAUUCCGACCUUCACAUGGCAUAAUUCCACACUGGGGAAUUAUACCUGCCUCUGCAAGUCUCGACACUGUUGGAUGGUUUGCUAAGGAUCCAAAUGUUUUGCGUCGUGUUGGACAUUUGCUCUUGCAAGUGCCUUUUGGAGUUCAACGAAAUCCAAGGCAAAUUAUAAUAGCUGAUGAUUUUUUUCAAUUACUAAAGAUUCCUGUAGACAGGGUCGCCCAGGUGGUGAUUAGAUCCACUGAAAAGCUUUUUGGAAGACAAGUAUUAAGGCAUGAAAUUCUAGAGGAGAUUCUCUUCUCUAAAGUUCCAAGCUUGAAACAGUUGCAUGACAAGAAAAGCAAUGGUGAAGGUAGACCUUCUUCAGUAAGAUUGCUUGCAAAUAUUAUGCAGCUUUUGCAGAGGUACGAAUUUAGAUAUAAUCAUGGGGAAUGGAUUAGUGCAGAGAAGCUCAAUCUUGAUCAUGAUAUCUGUGCUCUAGUAAAUGAAGUCAUGGAGAUACCAGAUGCAGAGAUGGAAAUCUAUAUAUCCAUCAGAAAUGAAAUGCGUGCAGCCAUCAAUUCACUUCUGAAGGAUGAUGGAAUUCUGGUGAUUCCUACAACUGCUUAUCUUCCUCCAAAACUUGGUGGCAAAGAGUUGCUAUCGGAGGACUACCAAAUUCGUUCAUUUAGUCUAUUGAGUAUUGCAAGCCUAUCAGGUUGCUGUCAGGUCACUAUUCCACUUGGACAUUAUGAGAAGUGUCCUGUUUCAGUUUCCUUCAUAGCCAGGCAUGGGGGUGAUCGCUUUUUGCUGGAUACUGUACAGAACAUGUAUACAUCACUCCAAGAGCAAGCUGAUUUACUUGUGAACUCCAAAUCUCCUCAUAAGACUGACAGUCAGGAGCGAUCUGCUGAGAUGGCUAAAGAAAAGGGCAACCAAGCAUUCAAAGAUAAGCAGUGGCAGAAAGCUAUUAGCUAUUAUACUGAUGCUAUUAAACUCAACGGCAAAAAUGCUACAUAUUACAGUAACAGAGCUGCAGCACAUCUUGAAUUAGCAAGUUUCCUUCAAGCUGAGGCUGAUUGUACCAAAGCCAUAGACCUUGAUAAGAAGAAUGUAAAGGCCUAUCUGCGAAGAGGCACAGCAAGAGAGAUGCUUGGUUAUUAUAAGGAGGCAAUUGAAGAUUUUAAACAUGCCUUGGUGCUUGAGCCAACUAAUAAAAGAGCAGCUAUUUCUGCGGAAAGAUUACGGAAGAUGUUUCAGUAGGCGAUUGAAGUGAAAGGUCUGUCUAGAUAUGAUGAAAUUUUGGAAAUUGUUAUUUUUUCGUGAAAGCCUCGUUGAUUUCUCUGUGGAAGACCAGCCAAUUAAACAAUUUGAUGAUUGCUA